CAAAAUGUCGAGUGAAGAGAAAAAGGUUGUCCUACCCAAGACCGCAUCAGAUCUACAAAGAUUGAAGCUGGAGAAACUGAUGAAAAAGACGGAUAAAGAAGUCGUCAUAGCAGAAAAAUCUCAAGAAUACAACCCAAGAGCACCUUUAGAGUUCAUCAGGAAUGUGUGGGGAUCCAGUGCAGGAGCUGGUAGUGGGGAUUUUCAUGUUUACAGAGGUGUAAGGAGAAGAGAGUACGCUCGGCAAAAAUUUGUUUUAGAAAAAGCAAAGCGGGAAGAAGCAGAUGUUGAAUACCAACAAAAAGUAGAAGAAAACCUGAAGGCUGCAGAGGAUCGUACAGCAAAGAAACGAGCAAAACGACAGAAGAAAAAACAGAAGCAAAAAGGAAAGAAACCAAAAACUGAAGUCAAAGUAAAGGAAGAAGAAUCUGAUGAAGAAGAAAGUGAAGAGGAUGAGAUUAAAGGACAAGAAAAUGACACAUCAUCUGACAAAGUUAUAAACAAUGGACAUAAUAACACAGAUUCUUCAUGACAGUGACUUACAAGAUAUCAUUUUCAUGUUUUCAUUUCAACUGGAACAGACUAUGUUUCCUGUGAUCAUAUUUAAAAUCAUGCAUUUUUAAAUCAAUUUAUCACAUUUUAGAAUAUUAAGUUUGUGAAUU